CAUAUCUGUCAAACGUUCCAGGAUUUGUGAUUAUAAACAACUAAAUACAUAAAUAGGAAAUUUGUAUUAUUUACUUUUAGACUCAUAUCAUAUCUCUCAACAGUACCAGAAGUAAAAGAUGUGGAAACCAUUUGUCGAUGGAAACGUAUUGUAUUUGUUGCAAUUUAAAAAAGUUGAUGGCACUUUUUCUUUUUUGGUAACAAACUUCUCUUUGUUUUGGAAAUGUGAUCUGACUGAUGAUGAAUUGGUUUCCAAUUUUAAGGUUAAGAAUCCAUUAAUAGAUGCCACCCCAGAUCAAAUAAUCAGUAAUUUCUUAGCAAUCCUAGAAAAUUUUAAAAAUCUUGUCAUAUGUACAGAAAAAAUUGAUGAUAAGCUUCAAGUGAUAUUUGAAAAGAACUGUGAUAAUAACAGAGCUUUUGAACAAAAGCUCACCUAUACCAUUGCUCUACAGAAACUAAGAGAAAGAGAUACAAGUGAAGAUAAUCUUAAGCAGGAGUUUAUGGUUUCUUCACUUAAGACAAUCUAUUUAUUGGAAAAACAGAAACAAAUGUUGGUAAAUUUAGUUGAAAAAAAGGAUAGAGAAUUAGAGGAGUAUAGAAUGGAAAAGGGGGAAAUAUCAAGAAGUGACCUAAAAACUGAAAAAUUCAAUCCGCAAAGCUUACAAGUGAACAAUAACAAUUUCCUACUAAACAUUUUUACCAAUGAACAACAUGAGAUGUUUUGGAAACAGUUUACACAAAACCAUGGGGAUAUUGAAACAGAAAAUUUACAUAUUGAAUUAGAACCCUGGAAUGUAAAGCCCAAAAAGAGAGUUAUCCACAAUGGAAAAAAUAUAGUUAAAAAGGGGUCAGGUGUAGUGUUUAAAAAGGCUAAGAACAGUUAAGUUUUAUGUAAGUGAUAUGCUAUUAUUUUAAUACUAUAAGGUAUCAGUUUUAUUAUCAGCUAUAUUUUUUUAAUUUCCCACAGUGAUUAUAUGUAGGAAAUUUUAAACUAAAUUGAAUUAUUAAAUAUAUAACUUCAAAAUA